CACUGCCUCAACCCACUGCAUCAGUCACAACACAGCCACACACGCGAUCGAUCACACUGGUAAAAGCUCUGCUUAGCUCGGAGCUUCAGUGCUCAUAACACACACAGGUCGGUCAAGCUCGGCAGCCGCAACUCAGCACCAAUGGCCACCGUCGAGGUCCAGGUCCCGACCGCCACGCUGCCCGUCGAGGAGGCUCCGGUGGUGGCGGAGCCUGUCCCUGUCCAACCAGCCGUCGUCGCCGAGGAGGCCCCGAAGGAGGAAGCCGCUGCUCCGGUCGUGGAAGAGACCCCGGCCGCGGAGGCAGCUCCGGCCGAGCCGGAGGCCGCCAAGGAGCCCGAGGCGGAGGCUGCCCCUGCCGAGACUGAUACCCGGGAGGUCGAGGCAGUGGCUGCUCCGGCCGAGGCAGAGGCCAAGGAGGCAGAGCCCGAGGCGGCGCCGGCCGAGACGGAGACCAAGGAGGCAGAGCCUGAGGCGGCGCCGGCCGAAGGUGAGACAAAAGAGGCCGAGCCUGAGGCUGCCACGGCCGAGGUUGAGGCCAGGGAGACCGAGACGGAGGCUGUCGCAGCCGAGACGGAGACGAAGGAAGCCGAGCCCGUGGCAGCUCCGGCUGAGGCCGAGACCAAGGAAGCAGAGCCCGAGGCAGCUCCAGCCGUGGCAGAGACCAAGGAAGCGGAGCAAGACGCUGCAGCGCCGGCUGAGGCCGAGACCAAGGAGGCGGAGCCAGCUGCUGCCGAGGCCGAGGUAGAGGCCGCACCGGUGGUCGACACCAAGCCCGCCGAGGCAGAGGCAGAGACGGCCGCCACCGAGGCCGAGGCGAAAGAACUGGAGGCCAAGGAGGAGGCAGCGCCUGCUGCUGCCGCCGCCGCUGAGGAGGCCGCGGCGCCGGCAGAGGCCGAGGCGGCAGCAGCCCCUGCUGCCGAGGCGGCCGGCAAGUCCGAGUGAGUCCAGCGGGCACGUCCCGCGCGCGUGCGAUCGACGAUCUUGCUGUCUCGUGCCACGCACGGCACGGCGCCUGUAUAUGGUCGCGGCCUUCGUGGGCGCGUCGCCGCCGCCGCGUCGGCGUUCGGGUUCACGUUCGUGUCAUAGCUACGUGGGGCCGCCCGUAGUAAGGGGCGUUCGUGCGUUGAAUAAUGUAUCUGUGUGUGUUUCUGUGUUUGUGGGGUUCUGGGGCCCGGCGUCAGCGCUGAUGUGGCGUGGCUUGACGUUGACGGCGCAUUGGUGGGGCCGUGCCUUGGAGCUGUCUGUCGUUUGAUUAUGCUGGUUAAUACGUGUACCGUGAAUGUCUGUGCUGUAUUUUUCUUUGUACUAGUUAAUCAAUCAAGUUUUUUCCAUCUUUUGAAGUGUCA